AUGAAGCCACCUCCAACUUCUUCUUCUUCUUCUUCUUCAAUCUCAACCUCUGUUCUUACAAGAAAAGGUCGACUAUCUCCAUACCUUUUUACAUUAUUAGCCUUCAUCAUCUUUGUCACCUUCUUAUACGGUCAAGACCUCGGUUGCAUCCUCGGACAACUUGAUCUUGAUAUCAGUCCAAACCCACCACCACCGCCUUACACCACCGAGAAUUACUACAAGAAAUUGCCGUUUUCAAUUGGGGAGACGGAGAAGGGAUGUGAUGUAUUUAGCGGGAAGUGGGUGUGGGAUCCGUUGAACCGGCCAUUGUAUCAAGAAUCGGAGUGUCCCUACAUUCAGCCGCAGCUCACAUGUCAGGAGCAUGGCCGGCCGGACCGGGAUUAUCAAUUCUGGAGGUGGCAACCCCAUGGUUGUUCUCUUCCAAGCUUCAAUGCAUCAUUGAUGCUAGAGACAUUAAGAAAUAAGAGGAUGAUGUUUGUUGGAGAUUCCUUAAACAGAGGACAAUACGUAUCAAUGGUGUGUCUUCUACAUUCACUCAUCCCCGAUAAUGCUAAAUCCAUGGAAACUAUCGGUUCUCUAACAGUUUUCACUGCCAAGGAUUACAAUGCGACAAUUGAAUUCUAUUGGGCUCCCUUUUUGCUUGAAUCAAACUCCGAUGAUGCCAUCAUACAUCGUGUCUCUGAUAGAGUUGUACGAAGAGGUUCUAUUAACAAGCAUGGAAAACAUUGGAAAGGGGUUGAUAUUAUGGUCUUCAAUACUUACCUUUGGUGGAUGACUGGCCUUCACUUCAACAUCUUGCAAGGAUCGUUUGAUGAUGAAGUGAAAGAGAUAGUAGCAGUGUCUACGGAGGAUGCUUAUAAAAUGGGAAUGAAAAGUAUGUUGAGAUGGGUAAGGAAGAAUAUGGAUCCCAACAAUACAAGGCUCUUCUUCACAAGCAUGUCUCCUUCUCAUCAAAAGAGCGCCGAUUGGGGAGCAGAGCCAAACGGAAAUUGUUACAACCAAACAGAAAUGAUUGCAGAUCCAAACUACUGGGGAUCAGAUUGUAGGAAAAGUAUAAUGAAUGUAAUCGGAGAUGUGUUUGGGAAAUCAAAGUUUCCGAUAACAUUUUUAAACAUCACACAACUCUCACUUUACAGAAAAGAUGCCCACACCUCAAUCUAUAAGAAGCAAUGGAGCCCUUUGACACCCCAACAAAUAGCUAAUCCAGUUAGCUAUGCAGAUUGUGUGCAUUGGUGUUUACCUGGUCUUCAGGAUACAUGGAACGAACUCUUAUUUGCCAAGCUUUUUUAUCCUUGAUAAAAACAAAUGAAAAUUUAAUUGAUAAUUUUUGGUGCAUAUAUUGUUUA